AUCCACUCAAAACUUUAUUUUAUUUAUUGCAUGCCUCAUUAUAUAAAUGUUUCCUUAGGUUAGAUCCAAGAGUUCAUGUUAUAUGCUCAUUUUAUGUGUACCAUUGCAAAUAAAGUUAUUGAGAUCAAAGGAGAUCAUUUUUCUUGCUUCAAUUUAUCAAUUCAUAUUGUUAUUACAACAUGAUUAUGAGUAACAUGGCUAAAGGGAAAAAUCAAAACGUGUUUCAAGGUUCUUGGUUUCAAUAUAAUGAUGGUACAAUGAAGACGAUGAACAAUGAUGAUGUCGAAAAAUUUUCGCCAUCAUCAUCGGCUACAUCAUCCAUCGGUCAAGAAUCAACGGUCUCAAAUGGAUCGUCGUUAUCGGAUGUGAUGGACGAUGCAUCGUCAUCUGAGUCGACAUCGUUUUCUCUGAAUUCGAGUCAAGCUUUGUAUGAUCUAUCAGAAAUGAUGGAACAAUUGCCCAUCAAAAGAGGGCUAUCACAAUUUUACAAAGGGAAAUCAGAGUCUUUCACAUCACUUUCAAGGGUGGCAAGCAUAGAGGAUUUGGCUAAGAAGGCAACUCCAUAUAGAAGGAAUUUGAAGGCUUCUAAGAGCAUUGGGACUAGUUUGCAUAGCUACAAGUCUUUUACUCUUCCUAAGGCCAUAAUCACUAAAAAGGCCACUAGGAAAAUGAGAUUCCCUGUUGUUUCUGGAUAUAAAGGGUGGCCAUUUAUUGAACUUUUUAGCCAGAUUGCUGAUGGGAAAGAUAUUUGUUGUGGGAUAUUUUUCUUUCCCAUUUUAAGGAAUAAAGUUUAUAAGGUAGGCCUAUAA